CACCACCGCUAGGAGGCAGUCAACUUCCGGGAGCAUGGACAUUCGGAAGCAUGUUUAGGGCGCUUACCACAACUGACGUUUUGUUUUGGAAUGAGAUGAAAAUAACAACUUUGACAGGGAAUUUUCUCAUCGACUAUGGCAAUAGUUUUCAUAAAUAGCGCUAUUAAAGCCAUGAUAUGCUCGUAACAUUAGAAGUUCGGGUUGGACACGCUGCUAGUCGCCAUGGACCCAUUUGACAGCUCGGUUUCUCUCGGAGGUGCGUCGGAGGCGGCUGCAGGAGAGGAUGUAGAGAGCCCGGACGCAUCGCUACCGUGGGCCCGUUUUUCCGCUUGGCUGGAAUGUGUGUGCGUCGUCACCUUCGACCUGGAGCUCGGGCAAGCCAUCGAGCUUGUGUAUCCCCUCGACGUAAAACUUACGGAGAAAGAGAAAACCAGCAUAUGUUAUCUGUCCUUCCCCGACUCGUAUUCAGGUUGCCUUGGUGACACCCAGUUCAACUUCCGCCUCAGGCAUUCUGUGGGGCGUGGUAAUCGAGGGGCGUGGUUUGAGGAGACUGACGCCUACAACAGGGAUGCACCUGUGACACUGCAAAGAGAACAGUCUCAUCUCUAUGGGUAUGUGUACUUCAGGCAAGUGAAAGAUGGUUCUGUUAAACGUGGAUACUUUCAGAAGUCUCUGGUGCUGGUGUCCAGGUUACCAUUUGCUCAGCUGUUUCAGACCCUGCUACAGGUCAUUGCUCCUGAGUACUUUGAGAAGCAGGAACCAUGUCUGGAGGCAGUGUGUAAUGAGAUUGAUCAGUGGCCUGGCCCCACUCCUGGGCGAAUCCUCAGCCUACCUGUGAUGGGAGUGGUCAUACAGGUCAGGAUUCCCUCAAAGGACGACAAGCUUGGAGACAGUCCAGUUACUCCAGGCGCCAAAGAGAAUCUUCUACCUGCCCCUAUGAUCCUUCCCUCCCCCCACGAACAAGACCUCUUCCAGUGUUUCCAGUCCGUGCUCAUCCAUGUGCAGAUGCUCUGGGAGCUCAUGUUGCUAGGCGAGCCUGUCGUCGUCAUGGCGCCCUCGCCAACCAUUUGCUCAGAAACAGUGCUAGCCUUAGUCAGCUCUGUCUCUCCACUGAAGUACUGCUGUGACUUCCGGCCAUAUUUCACCAUCCAUGACAGUGAGUUUAAGGAAUACACUACCCGGACACAGGCCCCGCCGAGUGUGAUUUUGGGAGUGACCAACCCAUUCUUCAUUAAGACCUUCCAGUUCUGGCCACACAUCAUCCGGCUAGGUGAAGUGAAGAUGUCUGGUGAUUUACCCAAACAGGUGAAGGUGAAGAAACUCGCCAAGCUGAAGAGCCUGGAUACCAAACCAGGCAUCUAUACGGCCUAUAAGACAUUCCUGCACAAGGACAAGACACUCAUCAAACGCCUUCUCAAGGGCAUCCAGAGGAAGAGGCCGUGUGAGGUGCAGAGCGCCAUCUUGAGGCGGUACCUGCUGGAGCUGACUCAGAGUUUCAUCAUCCCUCUGGAGCGUUACCUAGCCAGCCUCAUGCCUCUUCAGCGCUCCAUCUCUCCAUGGAAGACCCCUCCUCAGAUCCACCCUUUCAGUCAGGAGGAAUUCAUUGGCACACUGGAACAUGCAGGACCUCAGCUGACCUCUGUGCUGAAAGGUGAUUGGCUGGGCCUAUACAGACGUUUCUUCCGCUCUCAUAACUUUGACGGCUGGUACCGGCUGAGACUCCGAGAGAUGACGCAGAAGGUGGAGUCACUGCACCUUGAGGUCAUCUGUGAUGCGGAUCUGUUGGCCUGGACAAGAGACAAGUCAGAGGUAGAGAUUGUAGACCUCAUCCUUAAACUGCGGGAGAAGCUGAUGAGGGCGCGCCGGCAGCAGCUGGGGGUUCAGGAGGAGCUGCUGGAGAGGCUGGAGCGCUCCAUCCACACCGUCAUCAGCUCUCUGCCGGAGGAUCUGCAGACCCUACUGCACAGACACUGACACACAUACACACACACACAUAUGCACAUCAGUACAUAGACACACACACACACACACAUACACAUAUGCACAUCAGUACAGACACACACACUCACACACACACAAACAAUUUUUUCUACACACACAUACACAUGCACACACACUGUCGAAAUGAUUUAAUGUGUACUCUUAUGAGUGGCAGGUCAUUGCCAUCCCCAGCACCAGAAUCCCUCACGGUCAAUUGGAGCCAGACACACACUAGCCAGCAGAGCCAACAGAGGUGGAGGGGUGGGAGGCAGAGAGCAGCUGGACCCCUGCUGUAUGUGGCAGAGAGAGAGUGGACAUGAAAGCAUGCCUACAGGCCUGUUCCACCCUAACAGAGGCUCUUCACAAAUGCAGCUGUUGCACCUAAAUGUAUUAAUACUGUAAUGAAAUGUGUGAUUGACGACGGGUCAGAAGUUGACCUCUGUUCAUUUUACUGUGUGUGUGUGUGUGUGUGUGUGUGUGUGUGUGUGGUUGUGUGGGGUGUGUGUGUGUGAGCGAGUGUGUGUCCUCCUAACACAAGUCUGCCUUUAGCCCCUCUCUCUGUAUGCAGGGAUACACUGCGGUCCCUCACCCACACACCGUCCAUAAGCUACUGUAAGAACCACACCACAGACCUCAGUAUGGAUCCACAUCCUUCAGGCGUAGGUUUGCCAACGUCUCUGGUGUAAACAUUUUACAGUUACGAGCUGCUAAUAUUGAUCACCUGCUCCACACCUUUUACCACUCACACAGACAGACACACGUGAAUACACACACACUCGCACAAUAGGAGCAGAACUGAAUGUGUAAUCUGGAUGUAAUCAGUAAGAAUGCCUGAAAACCUUGUGUGUGCGUGCGUGCGUGCGUGCGCACGCACGCAAGAGUGAGUAUUAAGCUUUAUGUGAAUUAGAUGCAUCUGUUGUGUAACAGUGAUAUAUGUACCAUUGUAUAUACGCCAGGGUGUUACGAUGUCAGAGACUGAGUUUUCUCCAGAUCUGUGUUUGUGUACACAGUUCAAACACACACACACACACACACGAUAACAACACUUGAACUUCUGGUGUUUUUUUUUUUUAUGACAACAUUUAAAAUGUGUAUAGCUAUGUUUUAUUUUGUUAUUUAUUCUAAUUCUGCUACACAAGCUGAUGUGAUGACGAGUGAUAUAGAAAAUAUUGAAUGUGAUAAAGAGAGUGUGUGUGUGUGCGUGCGUGCGUGUGUGUGUGGGUGGGUGGGUGGGUGG